AUGGCUAGCCAAAGUGACAUUACUCAAAACUUCACACCCGAUAUUAAUGAAAACAGCGGUAACAGCACGGAUCUUACACAGCCACCAACGCAAGAUGUAAUAAUACCGUAUGCUUUAUUUACACCACAGGAAAACACUUCGAUUAUUGCGAGUGACAAUUCUGUGGACGCUACUAUGGACACAAUGGAAAGCGAACUGCCGGAAUGCUCACAGAAUUCAACACCUCAAUCACCGUCGAUUAUCUCGGGAUCACCGACCCUUCCAAACGCCAAGAAACGUCGAACCGGAAGGAGUACAUUAAAGUCAGUAAAAUCAGGAAAGGGCGAAAAAGCCCAUGAAAAAGCAAAAAUGAAAAAUGAUAAUACAAAGGAUUCUGACAAGAAAAAAGGUAGAAAACGUGGACGUGUAAAGUCGGGAGAUGAAAAUGUAAAAGAUAAAGAGAAUGAAAAAUUCAUGAAUGAGAACGAGUGUGUAGUAAAGGCUAUAAACCGCCUUGCUGAAGAAAUGAAAUCCAUUACAACGAGUAUUAGUGUGCUAUCAUCGCAUAUUCACAGCCUUGAGUCAACCAUGGAAACAAAGGUGAAAGAACAAGUUGAAAAAGAAAUCAAACCUUCAAUUGAUAAAGAAACAAAUGAAAGUACUGACGUGCAAGUGAAUGACAUUUUGAAAUAUGGAAUGAAAGUUGAAUCUUCAGAAAGAAAACAACCAAGGAGAGACGGUGAAAUCGGAGUAGUGGUUGCUAAAUGCAAAACAAAGGAAGAUAAAAAUGAAAUUAUGAAAUCCAAAUCGAACUUGAGAAACACAAGAACUUACAAAAACGUUUAUAUUGAACAUGACAGGCCGAAAUCGGAGAGAAACACUAUUUCGAAUUUAAAAACUAUCGCCGGAGUUAUCGGAAAUGAUAAAGUUAUGAUCCGUGGAAAUCGUCUCUUACCACGGAGAUACUCGGACAAUAGCGAUCAUUGGCGAUACUCAAACAACAGAUAUAAUAUUAAUGACAGGAAAGCGGGUUUCCGCGGAAACAAUACGCACCACCAACAACGUUAUCAAAACCAGUAUCGCGACAAUGGCUAUGAAAGAUCACGUGACAGAUCACGGGACGAUGAAAGGAGUCGGCCAGACCGAUACGAUAUUUACGAACGUUACGAUAAAUAUCACGACAGGAUCGAAUACUCAAAUGGCUAUAGUAACUACUAG